AACUUACAAUAAAUGUGUAAUUUGGCUAGUUGCCGAUCCAUACCACAACUUUACUGGAAUUAAAUGACGUAGGCCCACUGCUUGAACCACCAGGGCCACCAAAUUUGUAGUCUAGUCAUCUACCUCUUCUUUUUCUGAUGAUUCAUCCUUUUUCUGUGCACACAGUAGUCGAUUAUUUCCCCGCCGGCCUAUAUUUCUCUCUCUUUCUCUUUCUAUUUCUUCUCUGAACCCGAAUCGAUUCACCAAUUACUUAGGGUUUUACUUGUCCCGUUUGAUCAUAUAAUUAUUGUUGCUGUGAUUCAUUGAAUUGAAAGGCGAACAAUGGAGGAUCUAGAAGGAGGAGUUGAUUACCUAGCUGAUGAAAGGAAAACUGCUCAAUUUGAUUUGCAAGCAAUGAAGAUCCUUUGGGCUGGAAGUCUACAUCGAUUUCAAGUUGCUGAUCGUAUGGCUCGUCUUGUUGCUAGCGAUCCUGAAUUCCAAAAAGAUAAUAGGGUUAGGUUAGAGAGGAAGGAGUUAUUUAAGAAUACUUUAAGAAAAGCAGCUCAUGCAUGGAAAAGAAUUAUCGAACUUCGUCUGACCGAAGAGGAAGCAAGUGAAUUGAGGUUAUUUGUUGAUCAACCUGCUUUUACCGAUCUUCAUUGGGGAAUGUUUAUCCCUGCUAUCAAAGGACAAGGCACAGAGGAGCAGCAGCGUAAAUGGCUCCCAUUGGCUUAUAGGAUGCAAAUUAUUGGAUGUUACGCUCAAACUGAACUUGGUCAUGGAUCUAAUGUUCAAGGUCUUGAAACCACAGCCACAUUCGAUCCUGAUACAGAUGAAUUUAUCAUAAAUAGUCCGACAUUGACGUCUAGCAAAUGGUGGCCUGGUGGCCUGGGAAAAAUCUCCACACAUGGUGUUGUUUAUGCACGCUUAAUAAUAGAGGGGACGGAACAUGGGGUUCAUGGAUUCAUUGUACAACUUCGAAGUUUGGAAGAUCACCUGCCUUUACCCGGCAUAACUGUUGGUGAUAUUGGAAUGAAAUUCGGAAAUGGAGCUUAUAACACAAUGGACAAUGGAGUCUUGAGAUUUGACAAUGUGCGCAUUCCUAGGGAUCAAAUGCUUAUGCGUGUGUUUCAGGUGACAAGAGAAGGAAAAGUUGUGCAGUCAGAUGUCCCUAGGCAGCUAAUCUACGGUACCAUGGUUUAUGUUCGCCAGACAAUUGUGUAUGAUGCUUCACGUGCUCUAUCAAAAGCAGUUUGUAUUGCGACAAGGUAUAGUGCUGUUCGCCGGCAGUUUGGGGCUAAGAAUGGACGUGAGAUUCAGGUGAUUGAUUACAAAACCCAGCAGAGCAGGCUCUUUCCUUUGCUUGCUUCAGCUUAUGCUUUCAGAAUUGUAGGGGACUGGCUGAAGUGGCUCUACAUGGAUGUGACUAAGAGAUUGCAAGCUAAUGAUUUCUCUACGCUGCCUGAGGUCCAUGCUUGCACAGCAGGAUUGAAGUCCUUGACAACAUCAGUUACUGCUGAUGCUAUAGAAGAAUGUCGAAAACUCUGCGGAGGGCAUGGCUAUCUCUGUAGCAGUGGGCUCCCUGAGUUAUUUGCUGUUUAUGUCCCUGCGUGUACUUAUGAGGGUGACAAUAUUGUGUUGCUUUUGCAGGUUGCUCGAUUUCUCAUGAAAACUGUAGCACAACUGGGAUCUGGGAAACAUUUUGGAACAACUGUUUAUAUGGGAAAUGCAGAGUAUCUGAUGCAGUCACGAAGUAGUGUGCAAAAAGCUGAAGAUUGGUUGAAACCUGAGAAUGUACUGGAGGCUUUUGAAGCACGAUCGCUUAGAAUGUCUGUUUCAUGUGCUAAAAAGUUGAGUGAAUUUUCUAAUCCAGAAGAAGGCUUCCAGGAACUAUCAGCCGAUCUAGUGGGGGCAGCUACAGCUCACUGUCAGCUUAUAGUGGUUGCAAAGUUCAUUGAGAGAUUGCAACAAAACAUUUCUGGGGAAGGAGUUAAAGAUCAGUUGCAAGCACUUUGUGGUAUCUACGCGCUUUCACUCAUGGGGAAGCAUCUAGGCGAUUUUCUGUCCACUGGAUGCAUCACACCUAAGCAAGCUUCCCUUGCAAAUGAUCUCCUCCGUACAUUAUUUUCCAAGGUACGCCCAAAUGCAAUUGCUCUUGUUGAUGCAUUCAACUAUACAGAUCAUUUCCUCGGUUCAGUUUUGGGUCGAUAUGAUGGAAAUGUGUACCCAAAACUCUAUGAGGAAGCAUGGAAGGAUCCUUUGAAUGACUCUAUUGUCCCUGAUGGUUUCCAUGAGUAUGUUCGACCCAUGCUGAAGCGUCAGGUCCGGACUUCUCGACUCUAACUUCGACUUUGGUUGUUUGUUAAACUUAUACCUCAGAAGAGGGAAGAGGACAAAGCUCCCCAAAAAUAAACAAAAAGAAAAGCUAUGGACAAAAUCUAUACUUAAUUAGUUGUAAGUUUGUAUAACUAUUUUUUUAUUCCAACAUGAUGCACAAGCUAAAAUAAAUAAAUAAUGGAGAACGCAAGCUAAGUAGUUGCUUCUUCUAUUAGUA